AUGGAUAAUGAUAAGAAGUACAUGCGGAGGAAUACUGUUAGUAAAUGUUAUGUAGCAUCUGGAAUCCCCGAGGACGAGUGGUCAGGAGAUAGUGAUAAUGGGGAAGAUAAUGUGGUCGAUAAUAGAGAUGGUGUAAACGAUAACAGGAGUUGGGAAGACAAUCCAGAGAGCAUCAAAUUUUGUAAUAAAGACUAUAGCACUGCUAGCGGUAGCAAUAGCGGUAGUGAUAACAGUAGCAGUAACAAUAGCAGUAGUGAUAGCAGUGGCAGUAACAAUAGCAGUAGUGAUAACAGUAGCAGUAACAAUAGCAGUAGUGAUAGCAGUGGCAGUAACAAUAGCAGUAGUGAUAACAGUAGCAGUAACAAUAGCAGUGAUAGAGCAGUAACAAUAGCAGUAGUGAUAACAGUAGCAGUAACAAUAGCAGUAGUGAUAGCAGUGGGAAACAAGAUGCCAGAAAAAAAACCCGACUGGUUUCACGUUCCUGCACCAACAGGUACAAAAUAUAACAAAUUAAAAAAUGAUUUAAAGAAAUUAAAAUUGCAUACGGUUUGUGAAGAAGCUCAAUGUCCCAACAUAGGUGAAUGUUGGAAUAUAGGAACAGCUACCAUUAUGCUGUUAGGUGAUACAUGUACAAGAGGAUGUAAAUUUUGUUCAGUGAAGACAUCAUCAAAACCUUUACCCCCAGAUGUUAAUGAACCUUUUAACACAGCUAAGGCUGUAUGCGAAUGGAAUAUGAACUAUAUUGUUUUAACCUCAGUUGACAGAGAUGAUUUAGCAGAUGGAGGGGCAAACCAUUUUGCAAAAACUGUUGAAUUAAUUAAAUUUUCAAGACCAGAUAUUUUGAUUGAAUGCUUAGUAUCUGACUUUCAAGGAAACAUUGAUUCAGUUAAGAGACUAGCUUUAAGUGGAAUGGAUGUAUAUGCACAUAACAUUGAAACGGUUAAGCGAUUGCAGAAAUAUGUGCGAGACAGGAGAGCAAAUUAUGAACAAUCCUUAUUCGUUUUGAAAAAAGCUAAAGAAAUAAACCCUAAAUUGUAUACAAAAACAAGCAUAAUGUUAGGCUUAGGAGAAACAAAAGAAGAAGUACUCGAAGCUAUGCAUCAUGUAAGAGAUAACGACAUUGAUGUUAUAACAUUCGGUCAAUACUUAAGACCAACCAAAAAUCAUUUAAAUGUUGUAGAAUAUAUUUCUCCUCAAUCAUUUGAUUAUUACAAAGAAGAGGGGCUAAAAAUGGGCUUCAAAUAUAUUGCUAGCGGACCGCUAGUCAGGUCUUCCUACAAAGCAGGCGAGUAUUUCAUGAAAAAUCUCGUUGAGCAAAGUAAGAACAAUUUAGAGAGUAACACUUUGAAAUUGCAAGGUGCUAAAUGA